GACCGCCACGCGGCCCGGGCCCUGGCAGCGCGGGGCCUUCGGCGCUGCUCCCGGGCUGCCCGCGGCGCUGCCUGCGCCAGGAGGUUCCCGCCGCGGGCCUCGGAGCGGUCUCGGCCGGUCCCACCGGUUCCGCCGCCCCGACCGGCUCGUCCGCCGCCUGCCCCGGGUGGCCUCGCCCCGCGGCGGGGCGGGACGGAGCGGGGGCGCCGGGGCAGGCGGCGCCGCGGGCAGCCCCGGGGCAGUUGCCGUGGCGGGAGAGCGGCCGGCGCGGCGCGGCGCGGGGGGCUCGGCCGGGCCCGCGGCUCCGGGCAGGGCCCUGCGGGGGGGGGCGGGACGCGGCCCGAGGCGCGAUCGGGCUCCACGGGGGGCGGCGGACGUGACCCGGUCACCCGUGAGGAUGAGGGGCCACAUCCUGCCCGUGCUCUGCCUGGGCCUGGCCAUGGCUGUGCUGCUGCCCACGGCCUGCGCCCGCCGGAGCCAGGACCUGCACUGCGGAGCGUGCCGGGCGCUGGUGGACGAGCUGGAGUGGGAGAUCGCCCAGGUGGAUCCCAGGAAAACCAUCCAGAUGGGCUCGUUCCGGAUCAACCCCGAUGGCAGCCAGUCAGUGGUGGAGGUUCCCUACGCCCGCUCGGAGGCGCAUCUGACGGAGCUGCUGGAGCGGGUGUGCGAGAAGAUGAAGGAAUACGGGGAGAAAGUGGACCCGGCCACGCACCGCAAGAGCUACGUGCGGGUCCUCUCCCACGACGGGACCAAGAUGGAUCUCUCCGGGGUCAAAAUCGACGGGGACGUGGCUUCCAGCCUCAAGUUUGCGUGCGAGAGCAUCGCUGAGGAGUACGAGGACGAGCUCAUCGAGUUCCUCUCCCAUGAGGCCGACAACGUCAAGGACCGGCUCUGCAGCAAGCGCACGGACCUGUGCGACCACGCGCUCCACAUCCCGCACGACGAGCUGUGAGGGGGCACCGGCUGCCCCCGCGGUGGCGCCGGGGGACCGGGACGGCGCCAGGCUCCGGUGGGACGACCCCUACCUCUUGGUCCGCCUCAUCCCCACCGGGACGGGCGGAUGUCCCAGGGCACACGGCGGCGCCGGGGCCGGUGCAGCCGCCGCAGCCUCCCCCCCCUCUGGUGCUCUUGGCCUAUUUAUUGUGCCCGUGCGGGGCGGGGGGCACCGCGCCGGGGCCCUGCUCCUGCCGGGACGUUCCAGUGGGACAACUGCCAGCCAUGGACCUGCCUCCUGCUGCUGCCGGUGGGCGGCACCGGCACCGGUUUUGGGACCCCCCCUCCUUGCUGCAGGCAAUAAAGGGGCUGCGCGGUGCCCGUGCCGCGGGCCCGCCCCAGGGCA